AUGUUGGAAGGCCUCGCAAAGAGCGGCAUUCGUGCCCUGCAGCUACUCUGGAUCCUCCUCCUCACAGCCCUCAUCGGCAAUGUUAUUGACCUCAACCAAAAUGGCCACAUGGCCGCCAUCAACUUCUCCAUGUUCGUCAUUGUCCUGUCGUGGAUCGCCGCUCUCUACGGCCUCCUGACGGCCUUUAUCGACUCCAUCGCCAUCCCCGUCGCUGUGCUCGCCCUCGACGGCCUGGCCACCCUCUUCACUCUUAUUGCCGCCAUUGUCCUCUCAGCCCGCCUCCGCGCCGUCAACUGCAGCAACUGGCGCGGUCGCGGCAGCAGCUGGAUUGCCUACGGCGCCGCCGACGUCGUCAAACGAUGCCGCACCAUCCAGGCGAGCAUCGUCUUCAUGUGGUUCCUGUUUGCCUGCUUCGCUGUCGGCAUGUUCUUCUCUGUCCGGGAGUUCCGUCGCGGCGGCGGCUCCGUGCGCCGAGGCGGAAGGCCCAACAUGGCCCAGGUUGGCGUGUAA